AAAGGUAUAUCACCCAGUACAACAGUAUGGUUCAUUGAUGUGUUUUUAGUACUUUUUGGAGAUAACAUAGCACAAUGACAGUGGAAUAAUUUAUACAAAUAACUAAAAUAUACACAAACAAAUUUCUCUGUCUUAACUGUGUGGCCAUUACAGUGAAAUUAAUUAAAUAAUCAAAUAUAUGGAAAUGUUGAACCUUUUUUACAUGGCCUGUUAAAGGUUCAACUAGCUCUACUCUACUGCUGUUGCUCUUCAUUGUUGGUAUUUCCCCAGUAAAGAGUUCCAGCUCUAAAUUACAGACGUAUUUUUACACUAAUCUUGUUUUUGUUCCUUCAGCUACAGGAUGUUCCAGCUGUUCCGGGGUCACAUCAAGCCAGCUGGGCACCAAAGCCACAAAAACCGCCUGGUCACCAAAGAUGGCCGCUGCAACAUUGAGUUUGGUAACAUUGAAUACAAUAACCACUUUGCAUACCUGGUGGAUUUCUGGACCACUUUCGUGGAGAUCCGCUGGCGCUUUGUUCUUCUUCUGUUUGUGGCUUCAUUCACAGGAAGCUGGUUCAUUUUCUCCCUGCUGUGGUACUGGUUUGCAAAGAGCAACGGUGAUCUGCCUGGACAGAAUCGUACAGAAGGACAUGUCCAGUGUAUAGACAAUGUUAACAGCCUCACAACGGCCUUUCUCUACUCCUUAGAGACCCAGACCACCAUUGGGUAUGGUGGCAGGGCACUGACUGGGCACUGUGCUGGCACAGUGGCUUUAAUAAUCAUCCAGUCUCUAAGCGGUGUCUUCAUCAACUGUUUCAUGUGUGGCGUCAUCUUGGCCAAAAUCUCCUUACCCAAAAAAAGGGCAAAGACUGUCACCUUCAGCAACACAGCUGUCAUCUGCUUGAGGAAUGGAAGACUGUGUCUCUUGAUCAGAGUUGCCAACCUUCGAAAAACCUUACUAAUUGGUAGCCAGAUCUACGGCAAGCUGCUUAAGACAACAACCACACCAGAUGGAGAAACCAUCAUUCUAGACCAGGUGGACAUUGACUUUCUGGUUGACGCUGGCAAGGAUAACUUGUUUUUUGUUUGCCCUCUGACCCUCUACCAUGUAAUUAACACCUCAAGUCCAUUCUAUGAACUGUCAGCUGACACUCUCCCCCAGCAGGACUUUGAAUUAGUGGUCUUUUUGGAUGGGACAGCCGAGUCUACCAGCUCCUCCUGUCAGGUCCGAACUUCCUAUAUCCCACAGGAGAUUUUGUGGGGAUAUACUUUUGUGCCCAUCAUCUCACGCUCUAAGACGGGAAAGUACCAUGUGGAUUUUUCAAACUUCUCUAAAAGCAUCCGGGUCACCACGCCCCACUGCAUCCACUGCUUUGAAACUGACACAGACCAGAGAAACCACAAUAGCCACAACCAGCAGAAGAUGGGGAUUGACAACCUGGGGUUUCAAGUUAUUGACAUUCACAGUUCUAUGGACAUCACCAAAAUGUGAGCUGAUAGGAAAGCAUCUUGUUCUCUGAUUCAAAGUAAGGCUGCAUUCAGACUGAGUUUCAAAGGUGUGAAAAAACCCAGCCCUCUGCAUUCGCUGCAGCCAACACCAGCACCGCAGGGGGCUCCAGGAAACAACGCAGCCCUGUAUGGCAAAGAGGUUGGAUCAGGUUCAACUUUUGCCACAGUCAUCAUCAAGCAGAGGGGCUGCAAUGACAGUCACAUGCAGGGGAUAAUAAUAAUAAUCACCUUUAUUUGGCCAAGUAUGUUACACACAAGGAAUUUGUUUCCAGUACAGAACCGAGGAAGCCAUCUGCCGCGCCAACUCAACCAGUGGCGGAACUUGGGGGUUCAGUGUCUUGCCCAAGUACACUUCAACACACGGACUGCAGGAACCGAGAUUCAAAGCCCCGAUUAAAACCUACAGGUAUAACAUUUGUCAUUGGGGUGGGACUUGAACCCAUGACUCCAUCUGGCGAACAGAAACCCAUCUUGUAGGAAGGAAUAAACCUUUAAGCCUGGCACCUUAGACCAGUCAGCCAGCCUGACAACUGAUGUGUUUAACAGUCAGAAUGUGGAUGCCCAUGAGACUCUUGUUUACCAUGUUACCAUGAUCAUUCACUGCUAUUCACUCUCAGAUUUGGGCCACAGUUACAAACAUAUUGUAAUGACAUGCCAUGCGUUUUUGUUAAUUAGGCUACUGGUUGUUAGAACGGUGCUUUUUUUUUUAUCUAUCAAUGCCAACAGUGGUGACAGAAAUUGAUACUAACGGAGAGUAGGUUACAUUAGCACUAAGGCUAACCAAAAUACAACGGAAACUUGUGGGCUGGAAAUGGGAAUGAAGCCACUCACCUCUACUCAUCACAACAUGGCCGUAAUGUAUACGUGAGCCCCCGCAGCCCCUCAACCCCCCACCAGCACAGCCCUUGCGUUUUAAUACACUCCGUCUGAAUGUCCAUAAAUAAUGGUGUGGGACAUAAAGUGUGAAAAGCAGCACACCUGUCACUUCCUUUUAGUUUCACUGUUAGUCAGACUUUCUGUGUACACUGGUGAAGAAAUGUUUGGUCACAUUGCUUCCUUCAGUGAACAUCUGAAUCUGUCCGCUAUUUUACCUCAAACUGCAAAAAGUUGUUAAAUUGUCCGGAUAGAAAUUCAGAUGAGAGUUAAGCUGCUCAUUUCAUAAAUGCACCGCUGGGGCUAGUGAUUAUGUCUAAAUAAUGUGGGAAGCUGGAGGAAGAGGGAUUGAAAUUCUGAUGUUUAAAUGAAAGGGGUAAUAUAGUGGAUGGCACAGUAGGUACAUCUUGAGAAAAUUAUGUCCUGAGCCAGUUGUAAUGAAAAACUCUGUGCUAUAAAUGUUAAGGAACAAAUAAAAAGUAGAGCAGGUCUUUUGAGUUUUCUCUAUUCUUAUUAAAACACUAAGUAUAUGCUGUCUUUUGUCAUGUUGACACAUCGUAUAUGCCUUGAUAAUUGGGAAACUGUGAAUGUAGAUGCUAAAUGAAAUGAUUUUAACUGUGACCAGUCUAUGUUUUGUUUGUCAUAUGCUAAAUACUGUAACUUUGUCU